AGUGUAAAAAAUGAAACUAAGCCACAAAGCCAAGAGCUAGGGUUUCAGAGUCUUGAUUAAUUUGGUGAUCAAACCCUAGAUCAUGAAUUAAUUUGUGAUCAGGAAGAUGGGUUUGCAAAGAAACUUAGUGAAAUGACUGUUGAGGGUUUACGCGAUGAAGAUGAGGGUUCUGAGUUGGUGCUUGCUAUCGAAACAAAGAGGAUUUUGAUAAAGUUGGGGGCUUUGGGGAAGGAAGUCGUGGUGAGAAUGAUCAAGGUGGUUUGGGGCUAUUUAGAGAUGGUGAUGAGUUUGGGAGUAAGUUGUGUGAUGAGAAUGAGAAUCGAGUCGGUUAUCGUGAUUGGAAAGGUUUUAUUAAUCAUGAGGCGAAAUUCGAAGAGAGAAAAAUUGAAAAGUUAGGCGGUGUGGAAGGAAAUGAAGGUGAUUAUAAGGAAAUGAAGGAAGGGGGCGGGUAAAGAUAAGGAUGGGAGUAAGUGUAGUGAGAUUGAGAAUGAAGGCGGUGAUCGUGAAUUGGAGGGUAUUAAAAAAGAGGCGGAAAUUUAUAAAGAGAGAAACCCCAAAAAGCGUUUUGUGGUGGGGAAAUGAAGGAGACUUUAAAGAGAUGAAGGAACGGGAGGAUAACAAGGGGAGUAAGUGAGGUGAGAUUGAGAAUGUAGACGGUGAUCUUGAUUUGGAGGGCAUUAAAGAUGAGGCGGAAAUUGAAGAGAGAAACCUUGAAAAGAAGGGAAAAAGGUGCUUUUAAGGAAAUAAAGGACGGGGAUAAUGAUGAGGGGAGUAAUAGGAGUGAGUUUGGGAAUGAAGGCAGAGAUUGUGAUUUGAAGGGUAUUGAAGAUGAAAUGGCAAUCGAAGAGAGAAACCCUGAAAAUCGUAGUGUUGUGGAAGGAAAUGAGAUUGGGAAUGAAGGCGGUGAUUGUGAUUUGAAGGGAAAAGAAGUCAUUGAGGACUAUGAAUAUGGUUGGGGUGUGAAUUGGGAUGAUGUCUUUGAGGACUAUGAAGAUGGUUGGGGUGUGAAUCGGGAUGAUGUCAUUGAGGACUAUGAAGAUCGUUGGGGUUAGAAUUGGGAUUAUGUCAUUGAGGUUUCUGAAGAUGGUUUGGGUGAGAAUUGGGAUGAUGGUGGUGUAAGAGCUAAAGCUAAUUAAUCAUCCACUUGAGAGGAAAAACCAGGCUGCUAGGGAUACAUUUAAGCAAAAGGAGGAAUUUUAUGAUAAUGCGAACUUUUUGCAGGCUGCAAGGGAUACAUUCAAGCGAAAGGAGGAAACUUAUGAUAAACCUUGACAAACAGAAUGCAAGUAUUACUUGUUACCAGGUGGUUGAAAAAAAGGAAAAGCUUGUAGGUAUAGUCAUGACAAAGGAAAAGUUGCGGUGACCCCAAAUUUAGAGUUGAACUUUAUUUGGUUUGCCGAUUAGAGUGGGGGAGAAAGAAUGUUCUUUCUUCAUGAAAACCAGUUGAUGCAAGUAUGGGGAAUACUGCAAGUUUCAUCAUCCGGAUUCUACAGCGGCGGGAGGAGGUUACACUACUUCACCAGGUAGAGGUAGGUCAACAGCAA